ACGCACACGCACUCUUACGCACGCAUCCACACACACUAAGAGUGACUUGUAUAUGCAGAGAGAGAGAGAGAGGGAGAGAGAGAGAGAGAGAGAGAGAGGAGCGCUUCAGAAACAGAAAGGUACACAGAGAGGAGAGUGGACGACAGAAAGUUAGAGAAGCAGAAAGAGGACGGUGGCUCCUGAGCAUCUCCUGCGCACCUUUUCACUCCUCACGGAUCUUAAAGUUUACUUCAUCCUCACAGAGAGAUUAAUACUUUUUUUUCAAAGACAUUUUUCUUUUAUAUAAAAAAAGAUUUGGAUUUGAAAGAGACGGGACUCCUGGAAAAAGAUUUUUUAUUCAUUUUCCCCCUAAAUCCCAUUUUUCCAUCCUUUGAGAAGUUUUUAAAAGUAAAGCUCUUGUUAGUUCCAGGGCUCCGGCUUCACUUUUUCCACGUGUCCCACCAGCUCCUGACACAAACGUGUCACCUUGAGAUUUUUACCUACUUGAAAAGUUAUUUUCAAUUGAAUUUGAGCUCACAAAAGUGACCAAAAAUGAGAUUUCCAACACCAGCCCCGUGCUUUUCUUGUCCUAAGAGCUUAAGUCAUUGAAACAAAGUGAGUUUACAGCUUUGAUUUUUCUCACUUCAGCUGACGUGUGAAACUGAAGAUACAAGGAGUGCAUCUCACCUGUAGCAUCCAACACUGAUUAGCACUUUUUUUACGCACAGAAAAGCCACUUUGUGACUGUUUGAAGACAGAGAUCCAGUUUUGCCAAAGAGUGGAAACUCUCACAUCAAACAGUUCAUUCAUUCUGCCCCUCUUGUCACUUCCAGAGGGGCUUUGGAGUGCGUAAAAGGAGCGCUGCGCUUUUACGCAAAGAAAGAGUUGAUAAUCCACCCUGGGGACUCAAACUUGCCUGUUUUUGCGACUUUAAAGACACUUCAGAUUCUUUUUUGAAACGCUCCAGAGGGACGCCGGGCUCUCCAUCAUCAUGCUGUUCGACAGUUUCGACCUCGUCUCGGCUCUGGCCACUCUGGCCGCCUGCCUGGUGUCCAUGGCUCUGCUGCUCGCCGUCUCCCAGCAGCUGUGGCAGCUUCGGUGGACGGCCACGCGGGAUAAAAACUGCAAGCUGCCCAUGCCCAAGGGAUCCAUGGGCUUCCCGUUCAUCGGCGAGACCUGCCACUGGCUUCUGCAGGGUUCAGGCUUCCAUGCAUCGCGGAGGCAGAAGUAUGGCAACGUCUUCAAGACCCACCUGCUGGGCCGCCCCUUGAUUCGAGUGACGGGCGCCGAGAACGUUCGUAAGGUGCUGAUGGGCGAACACACGCUGGUGACGGUGGACUGGCCUCAGAGCACGGCCACGCUGCUGGGACCGAACUCGCUGGCCAACAGCAUCGGAGACAUCCACCGCAAGAGGAGGAAGGUGUUUGCCAAAGUGUUUAGCCAUGAAGCCUUGGAGUCCUACCUCCCAAAAAUCCAGCAGGUCAUCCAGGAGAGCCUCAGAGUGUGGAGCUCCAAUCCUGAGCCCAUCAACGUCUACAGGGAAAGCCAGAGGUUGUCAUUUACCAUGGCGGUGAGGGUGCUGCUGGGAUUCAGGGUGACAGAAGAGGAGAUGAGGAAUCUGUUCUCAACUUUCCAGGACUUUGUUGACAACCUGUUCAGUCUUCCUAUAGACCUGCCGUUCAGCGGCUACAGAAAGGGUAUCCGUGCAAGAGACUCUCUGCAAAAAAGCAUAGAGAAGGCGAUCAGAGAGAAGCCGCUGUGCUCCCAGGGGAAGGAUUACAGCGACGCACUGGACGUCCUGAUGGAGAGCGCCAAAGAGAAUGGCACUGAGCUCACCAUGCAAGAGCUGAAGGAGUCCACUAUUGAGCUCAUCUUUGCUUCCUUCGCCACGACGGCCAGCGCCAGCACCUCACUCAUCAUGCAACUCCUCCGCCACCCUGCCGUUUUGGAACGCCUAAGGGAGGAGUUAAGAGCAAGGGGUCUCCUCCACAAUGGUUGCCUCUGUCCUGAAGGAGAGCUGAGGCUGGACACCAUUGUGAGCCUCAAGUACCUGGACUGUGUCAUCAAGGAGGUGCUAAGACUCUUUACACCAGUUUCAGGAGCCUACAGAACCGCUAUGCAGACCUUCGAACUUGAUGGAGUCCAAGUUCCAAAAGGCUGGAGUGUGAUGUACAGCAUCCGGGAUACCCACGAUACCGCUGCUGUCUUUAAAGAUGUGGAUGCCUUCGACCCUGACCGCUUUAGCCAAGAGCGAGGAGAAGACAAAGAGGGACGCUUCCACUACCUUCCAUUCGGUGGUGGCGUCCGGUCCUGUUUGGGCAAGCAGCUCGCCACUCUUUUCCUUCGAAUUCUCGCCAUUGAGUUGGCCAGCACCAGCCGUUUUGAGCUUGCCACCCGGAAUUUCCCCCGUGUGAUCACGGUACCGGUGGUCCACCCUGUUGACGGACUGAAAGUCAAGUUCUACGGCUUGGACUCCAACCAGAACGAGAUCAUGGCCAAGUCAGAAGAGUUGCUUGGGGCAACUGUUUGAGGGGCAGAGGGUUGGCGAGUAAAGGGGGGGUGAGCUAUAAAGAAGUCUUAGGGAGAAGAUUGAAGGAAGGAAAGAAAGAAUUUCAGUUAUUUUUUCUUCUCCACCUGCUACGUUAGGGGUUCCUUUUCAGACUUAAAGAAAAGGUCUGCAUCUCUUGUUACAACUGAAGAUGAUGACCUGAACAUUCCUCUGAGAAAGGAUGAAGCUGCCAAAAACGUUCUUGAUUAUGCUCUGUGUAUUUUUUAAAGAAAUAUACAAACAAAAUCUAUUUACAAAAAAGCUAUGUAAUAUAAUUUGAGAUAGAAUAUGGGUAGUGCACAAUGGUAGUAAGGGAAGUAUGGUGGUACUUUGGUGAAAUGAAGUGUUGAAAAUAGAAAAGUGAAAGUAUGGAUGAUUCUGGAAGGAAGACAAGAUGGAUGAAACAGGGUAUAGGAUGAAAGAAUAUGAUACUUUAGCAUUUUGCUUGUCUCUAAUCAAAUGCAUUGAACCAUUCAGUUGUCUAGCAGGGUAAAAGAGAUGUGGGCAGAAGGUUCUAGGUGUUUUGGAUGAAAAUGACUAUUUCAAACCAGAAUUCAUUAUAGUGGCAACCAGAUUCACCUCAUGUGUUCAGGUAAUCAGAGAAAGACUCUGUCAGCCUUACACAAAGCAGUGAUGACUCUGUUUACAGAUGCAUUUGCAAAGAUCAUAACACGUUGGGUGGCAGAUUGUCUUACAGCAACAUUAAAUUAGUCAGAUUUGCUCUGAACCUCUUGGACAAGCCAACCACAUUAUGAUGCAGUAACUACUUUGACUGGCUUCAACUUAUAUUACUAAAAAGGGUCAAUAUAGGCGGUGGAGGCAAGGGCGGUUUCAAGAAUUGAGUAAUAUAGUUCUUUAAGGGAAACUAUCAUGGAUGCAUGUAGUAAAAGUAUAACACAUUCCUUCUUGAUUCCAUGUUCUUGGCAUUUUUUCUGAAUUCCAGUUACCUUCCACUAUAAAACUGCCAAAAAAGUUUUGUUGACUUCUUAAAAAGUACUUCCCAUGUUGCAUUCAGUCAUGAAUUCCACUGCAGAAUAAGCUAAAAAAGCCAACAACGUGAGAUAUGAAUAAAUAUUUAUUCAAGAAAUUUCAGGACUGGACUUUCCAAAUUAAAGUUUGAGCAUUGAAAUGAUGCCUUCUUUAUAUUCCAAAUUCCAAAGCCUGAAACUUCAAUGUAUUUGGGACGAAAUCAAAUGUAAAACAAACAAACAAUCAAUAUAUAAAUAAAUAUAUAUAAAAAGAGGAUUAAAGCAAGGGUAAGGAAAAGAUAAUACUUUAAACUUUGAGAAUAAAGAAAAAAUGUCAAGAAAAGAGUCAGAAUGUCAAGAAAAAAAAGUCAAAAUUUGAAGAAUCAAGUUGAAACAAUUUCAAGUAAAAAAUAAGAAAUUUCAAGAACAGAGUUAACACAAUUUAAAGGAAAAUGUCAGCAUUUUGUAAAAGAGUCAAAUUACCAAAAAAUUUUUUUGAAAAUAAAGUUAAAAAAAAAAAAAAAAAAAAAACAAUUUCAAGAAAAAAGAAAUUUGAAUAAUGAUUAAGAACUACAGUUUCUGGACAAAAGUUUAAAUGUUGAGAAAAAAGUUAAAAUUUUUUGAGAGUAAGGUUGAAAAAAAAAACUUAAAGUAUAGUUCAAAUUUUGAAACUAAAGUUGAAAUACAGUUUCUAGAAAAAGUCUAAAUUUAGAGAAUAUCGAAAAUAAAGUCAAACUAUCGAGAAUAAAAUAGUUUGUAGAGUUAAGUUUAAUUGCCCAUAAAAGAGCCAAAAUGUCAUGAAAAAAGUUUCAAUUUCUAGAAUAAAACGUCAUACACAAUUUCAAGAAAAAAAAAAAAAAGUGAUCUUUUUUAAACUAUGAAGUGGAAUAACAGUUUAUGGACUAAAGUCAAGGUGUUGAGAAGAAGGUCAAAAUUUUGAGAACUUUGUUGAAAUAGAAUUUUUCUAGAACAAUAUCGAAAUUUAGACAACAAAGUGUAAAUAUAGUUUUGAUAAAGAAUAAAGUAGAAAUACAAUUUUGAGAAAAAGUUUAAAUGUGAGUAUAAAGUUGAACUACAGUGUCUACACAAAAGUGAAAAAAAAAAACUAAAAAAAACGACUGAAGUUGAUAUUCUACUUGAGAAAAAGUUGAAAUUCCGGACAUAGAUGUGAAAUUCACUUUUAGAAAAUCUUGAACAAAGGAUAAAGAUACAGUUUCAAGAAAAAGUCAAAACCUCAAGAAUAAAGUUGAACUACAGUCUCUUUAGUAAACUUGAAAUGCUGAGAAAGAGCUCAAGUUUUGAGAAAAACAUUUCAGACUAAUGUUGAAAUACAAUUUAAAAAUAGUUUCAGAUACAAAUUCAAUAAUAAAGUCAAAAAGUUGUAGAAUAAAGUUAAAGCUUAGUAGACUAUAAUAAACAGUCAAUGAACUUGCGAAACUGUAUCAGAAUUGGAUUUAACAAAAGACACAUUCUUUAGCUUUUAACUUAUGAAAAUGGUGUGGUUUUAUAAAAUUCACCGUUUGUUUUAGUCUCAAAGGUUUCACUUCAUUCUCAAAAUUUCAACUUUUUCUCAAAUUUCAACAUAUUCUCAACAUUUGAAUUUUUUUUCUCAAUUUGACUUUAAUCUUGAAAUCAUUUUUAAUCCUUGAAAUUUUGACUUAAUUCCCUACAUAAUGACUUCUUUUCCUCAUCAUUUCAACUUAAUUCUCAAAGUGCACAGCAUUAUUUUUCCUUCACACCUGAGCCUAAUCCUCCUCUGUAGAAGAAUAUUGGAAUGUUGUUGCCAACUUCAAAUUGCCCACCAAUACUGACUCAAAAUGUUACCCAUAUAAAAAGCUAAUCCUCUAUGAACUCAGGUGAAGAUUUGUAUUUGUGGUGAAUAACUAAUUAGCAUUUUUGGAGGUUAACUUGGACUUACUGCACAUAAAUACUGUCAGUUACUCACUGUAGACUUUCAUAGCUGGACUAGAUACUUAUUGGAUUGAGGUCAAUCCUUGUGAACAGAGAGAAAUCAGGGGUUUCCAGUAGCUCUUGUAUCCACCUAAGAAAGCUAUUCUGAAGGUCGAGUAGAAUCAACAGACCUUUUACCAAUCACCAUUGUUUAUGAUAAGAUGAACUGAAUCAAGAGCAGACAGUAUCUAGAUACAGAUUUGUUUUGUAUUGCAUUAACUUCACUUUCAAGUUGCGUUGAGAUUGAUCUCUCCCAGACAAUAACCCUAUGCAAGGUAGAACUUGCUUUCAUUGAGCUGCAGUGGGAGAAACGGAGGGACACAGUAGAGCUGGAGAAGAGAAAACUUAACAUACAUGCUGCUUAAAUGUUGCUUUGUCAUAUUGUGUUUGUUUGUGUGCUGUUUUUAUUUCCCGUCUCCGUGGGGCAGCCAUUUUUGAGUUCUGUGGAGAAGGUGACAUUCUGUCUUGCUGCUCCUCCAAUCAACGCUAAAAAUGCAAAACAAAAAAGAAAUUCCAUGGUUGAAGCAACUUUAUGAGCUGAAAGAGAUUUAUUGUUUGAGGUGAUUGCACAAUCAGGACUCUCAGAGCUUUGUGUGUUUCAUUAUUGGAGAGGAACUUUUGUUCUCUUGUUCGUGGAAAGCUUCAGCAGAACUCUGGGACUUGUUAGCGGAACUCUUGGACACUAAAGAAGCCUUGAACAGAGAUCUGAAGCUAGAGAGAAAUGGACCAAUAAGAUUUCAGGAAAGGGCGGGGUCAUUCUCAGAAAGGCUUUUCCUAUUGGACAGCCUUGUUGUCCAACAGCAUUCCUGAAGGAUUCUGCCUGUGCUAGACAUUGUUCACUCUUUUUACCAACCACACCACUGAUUUCUUCUUAUGAAAAAUAGAUUUUUUUGCUGCUUUUCUUGUGUACAUUUUCUAAUUGAGAGUUAUAGAUUGCAAUAGUUUGUACCAAGUGAGAUUUGCCAUUUCUUCCCUUUUUUAUAUAAAUAUAUAAUUUAGCUGAUUAAAAUAUUUGCAUUUUGAGAAAGCUAAAAAGAGCAUUAUUAGGCAACAGUGUAUAUUAAUUUGUACAAUACGUCUUUCCUUAGCAAGCCAUGGGGAAAAUCAGCUAUUUACAUCUACUAAUAACCUAAUAUUAAUGUUAUUGUACGAUUAAUAUUGUUGUUAUAAGAUAUUUGAAAUGAUAUUUUUUAUUCUAUUACAGAUAUAGAGUUUUUAGGCUAAAUGAGAAGGUCUUUGGUAAAUAUUGGAUGUAUUUAGAAUGUUAUGUAUUUCAGUUAUAUUGUAAACAAUGUUUAAAGUGUUAAUAUUGUUGAUUUGAUUACUGUAAUAAUUAUUUUUUGUUUUGUUAUUCAGACUUAUUAUCACUGCAUUUUAUUUGAUAUUAAUUAUGGAAAACAGAAAGCACUUGCGAGGUAUGUCUAUUUUUUAAGUGCCAUGCGACUACACUUCCCUCUCACCUGUUGGUUUCUCUGAACCUGUCUGACAUCUUUCUGUACAUAAUAUUUGUUCUUUCUUUUUACAGGAAAAAAAUGUUCAUUUAGUUUAAAUAUGAAUGUCUUGUCUGACUUUUCUCCUCUCCUUUUGUUACCGUGACUGUUAAAUGUACUCCUGUAAUAAACCAUAAAGAAAAACAUUAA